GAGUGCGCGGGAGGCCCGUCGGGGCCAUGGCCGGCGGCGAGUCGCGCAGCCCGGGCUGCAGCGGGCGCUGCUCGCCAGCGGGGCAGCAGCUCGGCACCCCGCGGGCCGGCGGCGGGGCGGUGGAGCGGGGGGGGGCAGCCGCCGGGGCCGCGCUGCCGCCGCCGCGGGAGACCUGGCGCCGCCGGAAACUUUCCUCGGCGCUGUGCGCCGGCUCCCUCUCCGUGCUGCUGGCCCUAGUGGUGAGGCUGGUGCGGGGGGAGCGCGGCCGGGAGCUGGCGGCGGAGGGCGGAGCGGGGCCGCGAAGCUGGGGCUGGCUACCCCCCGGCGCCGUGCCCCUGGGCCUGGCCGGCGCCUUCUUCGGCGCUGGCCGGUACCUGGUGCGCGGCGGCGUGCGGGCGCGGACGGCGGCGCUGCUGCUGGCCGCCUGCUGCGGAGGGGAAGCGGUGGCGCAGACGGCGCUGGCGGCGGGGGAGGAUCACUUGCUCUCCCUCACCGCCACGGGGGUGGUGCUGAGCUGCCUGGCCGCCGUGACAUGGCUGGUGCUGAAGCUGAGGCAGGGCGUCCUCAUGCUCGCCGUGACUAGCGCGGCCAGGACCACGUCCCUCGUCGCCUUGGAGAGGGUCCCGGCGUCCUGGCGGCCCUACCUGGCCUACCUACUGGGGCUGCUGGGCAUCCUCCUAGCCGGCUACGCUGACCGGCUCUGGCCCCCGCGACGGGCCGCCCCGCUGGCGGAGCCUCCCGCCGCCCCCCCGGCCGCGGACGAAGCUCCGGUGCUCAGGAGGCGGCGGUCCAGCUCCAUGAUCUCCCCCGAGAUGUCGGGCGGCGGCGGCGGCAGCAGCAAGACCCACCGGCGGACCUCACUGCCGUGCAUCCCCCGGGAGCAGCUCAUGGGGCAUUCUGAAUGGGAUCACAAAAGAGGACCCAGAGGCUCACAGUCUUCUGGCACCAGUAUUACAGUGGAUAUUGCUGUCAUGGGAGAAGCACAUGGACUCAUUACAGACCUUCUGGCAGAUCCUUCACUGCCCCCCAACGUGUGUACUUCUCUGAGAACAGUGAGCAACCUGCUUAAUACGCAGUUAACCUUCCAGGCCAUCCACAAGCCAAGGGUGAACCCUUUGGUGUCCUUCAGUGAGAACUACACCUGCUCUGACUCAGAGGAAUGUCCGGAGAAAGGAGAGAAACUAGCUAUUCCCAAGCGCUUACGGAGAAGUUUGCCUCCAGGACUGCUGAGACGUGUGUCCUCAACCUGGACCACAACAACAUCAGCCACAGGAUUACCUACACUGGAGCCAGCUCCAGUGAGAAGGGAUCGCAGUGCCAGCAUCAAACCUCAUGAACCAUCUUCAUCUAGUACUGAUUCCUGGAACAGCUCAAUUCUGAUGACAAUCACGAAGAGCAGGUCUUUCUCCACCUCCUACACCAUGUCUUCUACGAAUCACCUGAAUGCCAAAAGGCAGAGCCGGCAAGGUAUCCCGCCAAAUAUUUCGCCUCUAUCUUCCCCAUGCCAUUCACCAAUUCAGGGGACGCCUGCCACAAGUCCUACUGGAAAAACAUCUUCUGUGUCAUUUCCAGACUACACUGAUAUUGACACCAAGCGAGGCUUAAAGCCACACAAAGUCUUAACUUCUACUCAGAGUGCCCCUAGCCUGUCAGACCCUAUUAUCAGUCCCUCUGUCGUCUGCAGCAGCUGUGGCAGACCCUAUAACCAAAUAGAAGCCAGUGAUCGGACACUAGAUAGAAAUGAUGGUACCACACACACCCUGAACAGAACAGAUGAUCCUGCGCAAGCCACUUCUGACUAUGAGACCAACAACAGUGAUAGCAGUGAUAUCGUACAAAAUGACGAUGAGACAGAUUGCUCCAAGGAGCAGACGCGGAAGGGAUCUGUCUGUAGGACGUACACACCUGAGACCAUCAUUCUGCAUCCCUUGAUACCACCUGAGGACAAGCCUGUGCUUGCUCCAGAGCCUCUGGUAAUGAACAACUUGGAUCCCCUGAUGGAGCAGCUAAAUAGUUGGAACUUCCCAAUCUUUGAUUUGGUGGAAAAAAUCGGAAAGAAAUGUGGUCGGAUUCUCAGUCAGGUAUCAUACAGACUAUUUGAAGACAUGGGGCUGUUUGAAACCUUUAAAAUACCAGUGAGGGAAUUUAUGAACUACUUUCAUGCCUUGGAAUGUGGAUACCGAGAGAUACCUUAUCACAACCGAAUCCAUGCAACUGAUGUUCUACAUGCCGUUUGGUACCUUACUACUCAGCCCAUCCCAGGACUCCCAACUGUGAUUAAUGAUCAUGGGUCAGCAAGCGAUUCAGAUUCCGACAGUGGAAUCACUCAUGGCCAUAUGGGUUAUGUGUUUUCGAAGACAUACACACCUACAGAUGACAGCUAUGGUUGCCUAGCUGGCAACAUCCCUGCUCUUGAAUUGAUGGCCCUUUAUGUAGCUGCAGCCAUGCAUGAUUACGAUCACCCAGGACGGACCAAUGCCUUUUUGGUAGCAACAAGUGCUCCUCAGGCAGUGCUGUACAACGACCGCUCUGUCCUGGAGAACCACCACGCUGCUGCUGCCUGGAACCUUUUCAUGUCAAGGCCAGAGUAUAACUUCCUGGUCAAUCUCGACCAUGUGGAGUUCAAGCAUUUCCGCUUCCUCGUCAUUGAGGCCAUUUUGGCUACUGACCUGAAGAAACACUUUGAUUUUGUUGCCAAAUUCAAUGCCAAGGUGAAUGAUGAUGUUGGAAUUGACUGGACUAAUGAGAACGACCGCUUGCUGGUUUGUCAGAUGUGCAUCAAACUGGCUGACAUAAAUGGCCCUGCAAAAUGCAAAGAUUUGCAUCUGCAAUGGACAGAAGGCAUUGUCAAUGAGUUUUACGAACAGGGCGAUGAAGAGGCUAGCCUGGGCUUGCCAAUCAGUCCCUUCAUGGAUCGCUCUGCUCCUCAGCUGGCACACCUCCAGGAAUCUUUCAUCACUCACAUUGUGGGACCACUAUGUAACUCCUAUGACUCAGCAGGACUGAUGCCAGGAAAAUGGAUAGAAGAUAGUGAUGAAUCAGGAGACACUGAUGAGCAUGAAGAGGAAGAAACAGCAGAAAUGGAAACUUGUGAAAAUGCUGAAUCCAGAAAGAAGAAGUUCAAGAGGAGGAAAAUCUACUGUCAGAUCACUCAGCACCUGCUUCAGAACCAUAAAAUGUGGAAGAAAGUAAUUGAGGACGAGGAGAGGUUAGCUGGGACAGAGAAGCAAGGCACGGAGCAGUCCACACUGCAUCAGUCUUCAGAACAAAUCCAGGCCAUCAGGGAAGAGGAGGAGGAGAAAGGGAAGCCCAAGAGGGAUGAAGAAGAGAACACAACUGUAGAACCAAACCAAUGACAAUAUUUACAGCAGUAUUUUAAGACAGAUUGACUUGUGCACAGAUGCUUUCUCAAGCCAGCACAGCAUUUAGACACAACACUGUAGAAGUAUGGGAUAAUGCGCCUACAGCUGUUUAAUUUGUUUCUCUUUCCUUUUAACGGUGAGGUACAUUGUUUAAACUCCUAUGCUCAAGGAAGCUUUCACACUGCGACACCGGCUUUUACAGACUUCCUUUAAAGAGAUUUGGGGGGGGGGGGGUGGAAUUAUAUAAAUAUAUAUAUAACCAGGGUUAUUGGCUGCACACUUCAGCAAAAUACAUUUAAUGGUAUAUUAUGGUCACUGUGAUAUUUACAGAAGAAAGUUAUCUAGGGAAAUGCUGCUUCUAAAGCACAUUUGUGGUUAACAGUAAGGUACCAGUUAAGUAGCUUUUGCUCUUAAUGCUGAGGGAUAAAAGUUCCAAAGCUUUAUAUGAAUGCUGAUAUAACCUGCCAACAUCUAUGUGUGCAUGAAGAGGUGUUUGUGGGUGUGAGUGGAAGUAAAGUAAUAUAGCAUAGUUUGAGUUCUUACUACAGUAACUGUAGCACAUGUCCUAGCACACGACAACAAGCAGAAGGCCUGAAUUUCAGAGAAUUUGUCCCUAUAAGGGAACUGGAAACCAAUUUGAGGAGCUUUGCAUUCCCUGCAAGUCCCAGUUUACACUCCAGCUGCAGGCAGCAGCCUUUCAGUAGGGGUUGAGGUGGCCCAGGCUGCUGGCCUGGCCCCAUCCAGCUGUGUGAGCUCCUCUGUCUCUUCGUCAUCCUCCUCCUUGGCAUUUCCCAGACUGCUGGCAAAAGGGAUGUGUCAGGAAAUCUAUUUUCCAAAGGGGGUUAUGAGGGACUGUGUGGCAUGCUGGUCUCUUCCCCUUGAGAGGGCCUGGCCCUCUGUAGACUUCUGAGUGCAUGAACGACUGUAUGGGGCAGUGUGUGUCUUUGGGCAGAAGAGGAGAGGGCAAAUGUGUGUAUGUACUCAGAAGCCAGAGGCACUCUGUCCUCUUCCUAUCUUAACCUUAUGCCUCUGUGCAUCAGUGGCCAAGUAUAUAAUGUAAGAAUGAAGCUAGAUUACAACUCUUGAGAACAGAAGAAGGGGAGCGUGGGUCCAUGCUCUUCCUCAGAGUAAAAGGCAAAUGAUGCAUUCGGAGCAGUGUGGAGGACAGGUGCCAGUCCUGCAUCAACAGGACACGUGUAUAUCUCAGCAACCACUCACAUGAGCUUCAGAGGACUUGUUUUUUAAAGUGUGAGGUGCUGAAUGGGAGCAGUUUGUUGCUGGCUUUCUGCUUAGAAGCAGCGUGUUUGAUCCCACCCAUAUACUUUUUUUCUUUUUUCUUUUUUUAUUAAGAGAAAGGAAAAGAUCGGGCCUGUAGGAAGAACAGAUCUUUUUUUGUUGUUGUUCUGUUUAUUUGUUUUCUCUGUUGUUUAUGCUGUGAGCCAAAUGUCUAUUUAAAAGGUUGGAUAUUCACUUUCAAUAUUUUAUUUCACGGUAUUAUAUUUGUCAAUGAUUAGCUAUCUAGAUGUAAAUAUGGAAAAAUUUUUAUGGGUUCCUGUAGAUAAUGAUAUCUUUAAGAAAAAAAAAAAAAAGAAAAAAAGGGAAAAGUUCUUUUGUAAAGCUAAUUUUUUAAAAAAUAAAUACAAAAACAUUUGUAUACAGUGUAGCUGUUUCCAAACCCACCAAAUAAAGUCUUGAGUAAUUUGUAGAGACCCUUCUGGGAAGUCAGCGGUCUACAGGAUCAAGGCUUUAAUAUGUUAAUGCUCUUGGUGGCAGCACCAACCAGUACCACACAAUUUAGAGUUUUGUUCCCCCCAAAAGAAUUAUAUAUAGAAAGUUCAGUAUCACUCAAAAAUCAUUUGACUGCAUCUGCUUUUUAUAUUUUGAUCCUGCAUCCCCUUGCCAGGAAGAGGAUUGCUUGCGUAAGAAUGCUCGUGAAAGGCAGAAUUUGUAGGAGAAGUCCUCUAUGUUAAAUUUCCAACAUUGUAUCCAUCACUUUUUGCUGUUGUUAUGUGUUCACUGUAUUUCAUGACCCUCUUGGUACCUCCUCAAAAAUGCUGGAAAACAUUCUCUAUCAAAGCCAAUCAACAUGUGUGUUAUCACUUCAGUUUCUUUUUGCUUUGCAUUUCCGUUAGCAAGAGCUCAAAACAGGAUUGUGAUUUCUUACAAGUUGCGUUUGCCUGAUGUUGUCCCAUCCUACUCUUACCAGUAAAGAAGGCAUUUGCCUUUCAACAGAGUGACUCUAGAGUGUGGCUCUGAAUGCUCUUAGCAGAAAUAUUUAGUCAGUGUUUCUCAAUGAAAUUGGAAAAGCAAAGAUCCAAAUUGCACUAUUAUUUUAAAGAGAAAGGAUAUAGCAGAAUUCGUUCAAAUGAAAAAAGUUUCCAAGAUCUCAACAAGUCUCCACCAAUUCCAGCUUGCACUAUUUUCACACCUCUUCAGUCACUUUGGUUAAUCAUUUUAUUUGGGGUUUUCUUGUACAAGUUCUCAUACCUUAUAGUAUGAAAAGAAUUUAAUAUGCCUCAUUCUGUCCUUAUAAAAAUUAAACUUACAGAAAUAUUUUAAAAUGUCACAUCUCCAAGCACUUUCUUCUCCAUUUUCAGUGCAUGAUCACUGGGACUGGAUUUUUAUGUCAAUUUUUAUAUUGCCUUUGCUAGAAGAAGAAAAAAGAAGUUAUAGCAGAAAGUGUUAGUGGGUGCCCAGUCGGUAAACUUACAGAGAGGCAUUCAAGAAUGAGGCAAAAUCCUGCAAGUGGAGUUCCACAUUCUGCUCUAAGCAGGCAUACAUAGGGUUGAACUAAGACAAAUUAUCCUGAAAGUGGGCUGAAAUGGAACUACUGUAUUUGGAUUUACUUAUUUUCUAGUCAUCAUUUUUGGUUGCCAUUACGUAAAAUCAUUGUCAGCUUCUAAUUUGUUAAGAUUUCUUUCUAUAUUGCCAAUGCAGCUGUCACAAAUUGUUACUGAAGCCUGUUUGUGGGUAUAGUUUGAUUAACUGAGGUCUUUUAUAUCAAAGGAGUUGCUGACAGGCUUAAAAUCAGAAUGACUGUUGAUUUUAUCCAAAAUGGAAGGAAUACCAGUGAAGAAGCUGAAGUAGCUGGGAGUGGUUAACUUGGUAAGAGGUGACUUUUUUUGCAUUCCAACUAGUUAGUAAUAGAAUCCAAUUUCUGCAGAUGUUCACUCCUUACGCAUCUGAUUUUUAGACGUUGCAGUGCAUUUCUGGCAGGCAAAGAUCAGAAUUUCCCAGGUUGGCUUAAAUAUAACACAAAAGAAAAUCCAGAAAAAUUUAUAACAAACAUAUGAAUUCCAUUUUUUGUCUGGGGGCUUUUUAGUAGAUAAUGAAGCAGGUAAUUUUCAGGGGGUUUUAUAAUAGUUUCUAGUCUAAAGGAAGCAAAACUUUUGACCUGCAGUUACAGCAAACUUUUGGAGGCUAGAUCUUGAUAGUUUUCCACUUUGUGUAGUCCUUUGGUGUUGCAAAUCACAAAUAAACUACAGCCUGUGCAAUAUUUUUGGGGAAAAGAAAAAACAAUAAUGAAAAAUAAUUGCAUUCUAUCAGUGAAGUGAUCAGAUUUCAGGUGGGUUUACGAUGUUGUUAUGGGUUUCUGGUAUAUACAGUAUGCAGAGAGGUUUGUUAGAUACCAUAGAAAGCAAACCCCAUUUAAACAGUGUUUUGCAGUAACAAAAAUUUAUGUAUUUUAGUUUUUGAGUUCUUUAAAAAUAGGAAAAGCUUUUUGCAGUGCUGGCAGCUCCAGUGCAGUGAACACUUUGCCCAUCACAUAGCAACCACAUAUAAGCCCUUUUGUCCUCAUAUUCCCAGUUUGCUCAAUAGUCACAUGCUGUUUAUAAAUAGUGGAAUAUAACUUCUCUCAUUAUGUUUGUGUUGCAGAAGGAACACAUGAAAGUAAAGAGUGAGAACACCCCAAACUGUUUAUGUUAUUACUUUUUCUUUUGAGGACAAGUCUGAGACUUUAGUUUCCAAGAACCCAAAAAUGCCUGUGUCUAGAAGUAACAAUUUCCACCAUAUUCAAAGGGCCAUAGUUUACUAUUUAUGUUCUAGUUCUUGAGGAAACCUGGCAUUUCUUGGUUUGUUUUGAGCCUGUGUAUAGAGCAUGUUGAUGUUCAUCUCUGAAAAUCAUCUGCCUUCUCCAGUAGGAAGAUGGUGUUCGAUGCGAUGUUGCAAGCCAUGUAUCAGAAGUGAGUCGCAGGAAUCUACUAGGCAAAAGGAAUUUUACUGUGCUCUGUGCAGCGUUUUGAACUCCCUUCCUCUCUGAGUGAAAUCCUUACAGAAAGCUGGGGAAAUGGCUGUGUGUCACCAAUGGCCUUCCCUGUGGCAAAGGACAGUCACGUUCUGGCAGCAAAUGAUUCCCAGGCCAGAUGCAAUUUGAGAAUGCAUUUGUUAACAAUGCAAGGAUAGUUGUUCAUCAGUUUUUACCCUCAUAUCAUGUGUGAAUGUCUUUCUGCAUCAUCAUCAAUUAAAAUCCAAGGUUGUGAUUGCUCAGGACCUUUUGAGAGGAUGCAUUUGGGUAAAACCUUAACAUAAAACUCUUAAUGCACUAUUAGAAGUUCAUAAGAUCUUGAUGGUCUGAAUUGGAAAGUAAGUUAAGUCUGUAAAGGUUCAGAUAGAUGCUUCUGAAAGUACCAUUUAGCAUCCAAACAAGUUCUGUACCCAACUCUCCUUAUAUGCUUUCCAUCCUGGACAUUAAGUUCACAUGUUUUCUUUAGAAAGUUCUCCUAAGUUUCUCUUUGCUUUUUAGAUACAAGACAUUUUCUGAAAUUCUGGCCAUAUCUUUCUUACUUGCUUCAGAAACACCCCAGAAAGUAUCAUGCCUUGUGGAGAAGCCAAGGAUCUUGUCACACUGAGCAUCAGUCAGUGGUACAGCCCAUGAGACACACUGACAGCCAGCCCCAUGCCCAUGCUGCUGAGCUGUGAGCUGAGAAGGUCUGGGUUAGCUGUCAGUUUGGGUAUUCAGCAGCCUGAGCCCCACCAGUUUUUUGUGAGGCUUGGGAUCUUAAGAGAAUUUUGUCAAUUUGCAAAAUGAACCUUGGGCACUUUUGAAACUUUUACCAUAAGUAUAAUCCAGAAAAAAGUUUGUGGUUGGUCCCAGGUGUUAAUGAAGUACUUGAAGACUGCAAAGUCUCAUUAAUUAUCUGGGACAUGCUGCUUGGUCAAUGUGGUGUGAUCCUGUGCUGGUGAUGGUGAGAGCUUUGCUGUUGAUGAGUCCACCAGGUUGCAGGUUUGAGUCCACUCUCUCACUGAUUUUCCGUAUGCACAGCCAGAUGUGCCAGGCAGUGUGAGCUUGGCAGCCCAGCAAACCCAACUCUGUCCAGGGCUGUGACCCAGAGAAGGCACAAGGCGUUUGACCAGCAAAUACCCCAUGACAUGCACCAGCUGAUUCAAGCGUGGAAGAGGCAACACAGAUGUGCUGUGGUUCAUUCUAGAGCUGAGCUAUCUGUCAUAGUGUUCACUAGAUUUGGAGGGCAGCAAUGACAGCCUGUGGCUUUUCUUUCUCUGAAAGAAGAGGCUUUUGACUCUUCAAAAACCUGCAAUUCAUAAAAAUGUAUAAUAUUUGCUACUACUUUUGCAAGGACUGUUAUGGUUAAGAUGUUCCAAUGUUAUUGGCUUAAGGAAGAAAGAUUUCAAUUUAAGGACAAGUGUGAGAAUUUCUUAAUAUCCAUUCCAUGGCCUCGUGGGUGGAAGAUUAGAUUGAGGCACAUUCCCAGAGCAGAGAACCUGCCUCUCUCAGGUCUGCUGCAGGCACCGUAGCUGGGAGGCAGGCAGGGAUGGUUGCUUGCUCUUUCCAGUGUCAGGCCUGGACACUGGCCUGAGAACUUGGGUAUUCCUCAGCUGUCAGCACAGUGCUGGUAUAAUUAUUCCUCAAGUUGAUGGAGUUGUAAACAUACAGGGAUAAAGUUAAACUGGCAAUUCUUGGGGCAGAGAAAAGGAAAUUGUAGUCCAGUAUGAAACAUUCUUUGUACAACACAAUAUUCCUUUUCUUUCAAAAUCAAAUGUAAUCCCCCUAAAAAGAAGUAGAGAUGGAGUUUUUGGGGUUUUAAUUACUGUUUGAUGUUGCAACAUUAGUCAAAAGAGUGGCAGCACUAAAGAUAAUUAUUCCUGUUAACUGGAGGGGAUCGUCUUUUUUUUUAUUUUUUUAUAUAUUUUUAGGUGAAUCAACAAGUAAGAGUGUCCAUGCCUGCUGAAGAAAAUGCAUAUUAAGUGUUUCUGAACAGAUGGGGGAACAAUUGAAAUUAUGUGGCAGCUGUCUUAAGCAGUCAUUGGAAGAGCUAGCAAAAAAUACGGUUUAUUGGAGGCAAACUUUGAAUUAGAGCAAAAUAGCACCAGUACUUUUGAGAGCAACUUUGUAUGAUAAACCUUUCUUUGGCUUUCAUCACUUGCAUUUAGCAAAACAGCAUUCCCCUGGAGGUAAAUCAAAGCAGGUUUUAGCCCCUGCUGUGGUAGUUGUUGAAUCCCAGUGGUGGAGGGAGCAGUGCAAGAGUUAUCCUACGCUUACAUCCUAAUUAUGAUUUAUUCAGAGGCCAUUAGUGGGAUUUUCCUGGCAGGCAGGUGUUCUCUUGAUGAAAAAUACAUCAUGCCUCCUUGGUAGUUUGCAGACCUUGCCCACAUUAGCACCCGCCUGAAUUCUUAGGACAACACAAGCUCCUCAUAGCCUGCAGGCGGAAAGGUGUGGGUGGAUUUUUGGAGAUUCUAUUUUUGCAAUGACAAAAGGGGGCAAAAGCUUAAGCUAGUUAACACACUUCUUUGAUAAAACUGAAACAACAGUAAGCAUUGUGCGGUUUGAAAGCUUGCCAAUGUCACUUGAGGUGUUUGCCAAAAUUCCCCAAGUGCUUGCACAUGUAAAACUGUUUCUUCUGGAAGGUGAUGAGUUCAGGUAAAACCAAUUGGUCUUGGACAUGGUCUGUCAAGCUGAAGGACAGUAGUAGUAAACCAAUACUAAACCAAGAAGAAUUUUUGACUUAAGUACUUUAAUUCUCCCUCAUUAAAGAAAAUUUUGCUUGGUGCUAGAGGAGGAAAAAAUAUGAUGAUAUUUAUUUCAGUUCAGCUUUUCAGGUGGCUAGUCCAUGCCAGUGUUUCUUACUUCCAAUGCCAAGGUAUAGAAAUGAGACAACAGAUGAGACUUGUUCUGCCGUGGAUGGCAUAUGGGAUCUAUGUGCACCAAGGAGCACCACUGAAAUCUGCAGUUGCAGAAGGUGGUAUUCCCAGCAGUGAAUUAGAUAGGGAAAUCCAAUUUUUUUCUGUAUGUGUGGAAGUAUAACAGCAGGUAUAAAGGACUUUGCUACAGCUUUUGACCGUGUAUCCUCUUAUGAUUGAAUUCUCUUUUCCUAAUUAAAAAAAACCAAAAACCAACCCACAGAAAUCAGAUCAAAUAAGCAAAACACAGUGUGUGCUGUGGUCCUGGUGAGGCAGGCGUGUGUUAGCUUGCUUUUCCUCAGGCGUACAAGUGGAGCUGCACUUGCACUAUUGACCUGCACCAUUGACACUCCUGGUGUGGAGUCCCAGGCAGCACGGCAUGGCAUGGGGGAAGGAACUGAACAAAUGCUGAAUUUCAGGGGGCUGUUGUAAAGUAGAAAUACCUUAGAGUAGGUAAUCCAACUCUGUGUGCACCCCACCGUGGUUUGCUUACAGCGAUAGCCCCAAGGCAGUGGUCUUAGAUGCUCUGGUUUUCAACAUCAUCUUCCUUUACCACAGCAAACACUUACAAACAGUUAAUGUGAAUUAGCAAUUGGUCUUUGCUUUUAAAUGUUUAUAUAAAAGAGAUUGAAGGGUUUGGGUUUUGUUGUGGUUGGUUUUUUCCUCCCCAACCUUAGUCAUUUUGCCCUCAUGCUUUCAUAAAAAGGAGAAAAAGAUAAAAGGUCUAUAAUCUGAUCAGAGAGAAAACACUUAAGGGUUUGCCAUGUGUGUACAUACUACUCGAGGUAGAAAGCCUGUUGUCUGUUAAAGCUAUCUUUCCUGUUCAAAAUUCCUGCCUGAUUCUGACACAUGAUGAAAAUCUGCAUUUUAAUGCAAAAUUUUCUCUUUCAGGUGUUUGCAAACCUUAAUACAGUACUGCAGAUGGUAUCUUAAAAGAUCAAAGACAGCGUUAAUAACUGCUAUGUGGUGUCGAUAUUUUUAAUAUUUCAACCAUGUCAGCAUAUAUUUGAUCAUUACUUCUCUAAAGUUAAGUCUUCUUUUCUUGAGUAAUCAAUGUAAGAUGUUUGCAUGAUGGAAAGUAAUUUAAGUUCACUUUUUAAAAAGAUGUGAUUCGUACUGUAUGUUUGUUUAACAGAUAAACAUUUUCACUGAGGGGUGGCAGUUUUUUUUCUUUCUAGCACUUUUGACAGAAGAACAUCUAGGAUUUUUUCCAGCAGAAACACAUUUUUGUAGCAUUUGCCUCCAGUUCUGGAAGUGAUACUUUUCAAAUAUAAUUUUUUUCCAGUACAGUUUGGCCAUCUGGGUAACAGUAUAUAAACAUAUAUAUCAUGUACAAUAUGUGAUUUAAAAAAUAAAUAAUUUUGAUUAAAGUAAUCAUGAAAUUAAUCAAGCAAAGUCAAAACCCUUUCUGAAUGAAAAUUUUGUGUGUCUCGAUAUAAUUGAAGCACGUGACCCCCCACCAGAUUUUGGGGCCGAAUCAUAAAAAUUUUGUAUUUUCAAAUUCAUAAAAGGCCAAUCGAAGUUUUUCUAUUUGGGAAAACGCGGAGGAAUUUGGUCAGUAUACAUCCUAUGCUUUGAGGUUUGACUCUUGGCCUGGGACCUCGGGGCACUGUGCCCCAGACAGAACUAUUUUAUGAUGCUCAUUCAGACUUGGCUGUAGUAGCAAGUUUCUGCAAAUCACCCGUGUAUCUCCAAAUCAAUCUCUCCUUGAUUUUUUUCACUUCAAAAGGUGAGAAAAAGGUAGGGGGGAAUGUAAUUUUAUAUGGCUCUAUUUGAAAAGGGUUUUGUGUACCUUUAUAAUUCUUUUGAAGCAAUAUUUUAAAAACUAACUGCCAGCCAAAGUGGCAAUGAAAAGUGCCAUCUUGUUUAGGAUUUGUACACACCAGUUUUUAACACAGUGUUCUUUUCACUAAGUACUACAUAUGUUAAUUUAUAUUUAUAUAUUGUCAAUAUUGUUGUAACCGAGCUUCUCCUUUCUAAACACUUCAGGAACAAGGCCUUGUAUUUUUAGGUGAUUUUCAUAAACAGAGUAAUUCUUUUCCUUUCACUAGUAUCUUGCACUCGAUACAUGUAGCAAUACUUAAUAUAUUCUCUUCACAAGUAUUUGUUAAGUGAUUUAGUUAAUGGCUGAUAAAUGUUUUGUACAAAAUAGAUUCUGUACAGGAAAAAAAUCUUUUAGAUAAACAUUAUUUAUUUUUACUGUUUUGUAAGUUAGACACUAUAAUGAAGCUCCUUUUUGCCAGAAUUACUGGAAGUGCCUCUUGGUAAAAUGUAUUAUAUAGUAAAUAUGUAUUCAAAAUUAUUAGAAAUACUUGUCACAAAAUGAACAAUGUGGAUGUUGCAAUGUGAAGACAAAUGUACAACAUAAAUAUAAUUCUGUGGUAUCCUG